AUGUUUGAUGGCGAUUUUAAAACCGAUAGUAUUCAAGAUUUAUCAGAAGUAAUAGAACCUAAAUUUUCAAAUCCAGAAAUGCAAGAAGCUCGUGCAUUUCUACGUGAAAGAUACUUGCGUUUUAUGAAUGGGAUUAUUGGAUCCAAAGCGAAUUUUUAUCUCUACGAAAACUCACAUGUGUCAGGAGAAUUUCGUGGAUGUGAUGUUGACUGUUUGGAAUUAUUCGUUCAUAAUUUAAAAACACCACUAGGAGUUGUUCCAGAGGUUAUUCUGCGAGCUACUGAUGUGAUAAGUUUUACAAUAAAUGACAUUAAAGCGCAAUAA